UGACUAGGAGUGGAAAAUCAGUGAAAAGGAGGUCUUCUUGCCUGAACCAGAAUCUCUCACCAGCCUCUGUUGGAUUUGGAAUAUCCCACCCCGCACCCCGCUUAAAUAUUUCCUUUUCCAGUCAAUCUCAGUUUCAGAGCCCGGGAUGGGGAAGACCAAACGCAAGGCUACGUUGACCUGGGAACCAUGGCUAGCCAGGCUUAAGGCUUCUGUGCCAAGGAGAUCAAUGCCCCAAGAAGGAAGAACAGGGAGGCAUUGGAGCAGGAAACCUUCCACGGGGCUCUUGUCCCCAAACCGGUCAGGAACGACCACACCUGAUCUUCUGUCAACCCCAAUAAAGAUCAACCCCCAACGCAAAGACUGCUCCUGGUGCCUGAGCUUCUUCGCUUUGACUUACAGCAUUCUGUUCCCGCCGCCUCACUGUAAGUGGACUGCGAUGAUACAAGAGUGCAGGGAGAGACCCAGGCACACCCCGAUGGCUCUGUGUUGGUGGCUGUUCUUGGGGGCAGCUGUCCUCCCACUUGGGACCUGCGUUGCCACCUCACCCUCCCACUCCCUGCAGUAUUUCUACACGGCCAUUUUGGAACGCACCCUGGAGCUAUCCCACUUCUUCAUUAUGGAGUUUAUGGAUGACCAGCUGAUCGCUCACUAUGACAGGGACACCCAGCAGUACCUGCCUCGAGUGCUCUGGGUGAAGGAGAUGGAGGGCAAUGCCCAUUACUGGGACUUGGAGACCCAGGUAUCACGGAAUGCAGAGAAGGACUUCAGAGUAAACCUGGUGAUCUUGCAGAACCGCUAUAACCAAAGCAAAGGGCUCCACACCUUGCAGUGGAUGUACGGCUGUGAGCUGAGUGAGGAAGGACACAAAAGAGGCUCUAUGCAGUAUGGCUAUGAUGGGAGGGACUUCCUCAGCCUGGAUAAGGAGACCCUCACUUGGACAGCAGCCGACGUCAGGGCCCAGGUGACCAAAAGGAAGUUGGAGGCUGAGCCACACUAUUUCCAGUACCUGAAGAAGUACUUGGAGGAGGAGUGCAUUCAGAGGCUGCAGAUAUAUCAGGACUUUAGGAGAGCAGAUCUUCAGAGGCAAGAGUCCCCAACAGGGAAAGUGACCCGCAAACCAGGCUAUGAUGCCCUGGAGACCCUCAUCUGUCGAGCUCAUGGCUUCUACCCCAAGGAGAUCGAUGCCACUUGGAGGAAGGACGGAGAGAUCUUGGAGCACGAGACCCUCCGUGGGGGCGUCACUCCCAACUCAGAUGGGACCUACCACACCUGGCUCAGCAUUGAGAUCGACCCCAAGGACAGGAAGCGCUACCGGUGCCACGUGGAACACAAUGGCCUUCCAGAGCCUCUGGUGUUGGCCUGGGAGGAGCCUGACUCAGUGUCCAAGGGGCUCAUUAUAGGAGCCAUCCUGGUGAUCAUGUUUGCUGUCUUCUUUGGGGUCAUCUACAUCAGGAAACGACAAAUCACUGGCUAUAAAGCAACAUCAUCAAGCAGUGAGACAACCGGCAGCAGCUCCAAGAGUGAUACUCUAUAUCCCCAUGGUGCAUGAAAAGGAAUCCAAUGGAACACACACAAGUUUAAAAUAAUCCAUAAUCCUCAAGAGCUCCUCCCAGCCUUCUACAGCAUCCCUUAUUCUACCUAGUCUUUGCUUUCAUGUAGCAUCAGUCAAGUCCUGCAUGUCAUCUGCAGCGGGUUGACAUUAUCUGAAGCUCUUCUCUUCCUGGUAGCCCAGAGUGAAAUACAAGUAAUAAACAUCUGUGUGUAUUUGUCAGCAUAUUUUACACAA